AUGGGAACUUUACAAGUUGAGACUCCUCAUCCCACCACCACUGCCGCCAUCGCCAACCACCACGACUUGAAAGAGCGUGGAUUCAGCAGUGGUGAAGACGAUGACGAGUCACCUAUUGAAGAAGUUCGGCUAACCGUAUCCAACUCCGACGACCCUACCCUACCCGUAUGGACAUUCCGGAUGUGGUUCUUGGGCCUAUUGUCAUGUGGGCUACUAUCAUUUCUCAAUCAAUUCUUCUCCUACCGGACUGAGCCACUUGUCAUCACACAGAUAACUGUUCAAGUUUCCACUCUACCCAUUGGCCACUUCUUGGCUACAACACUGCCUACCACCAAGUUCCGGAUUCCCGGGUUCGGAGCCAGAUUGUUUUCUCUGAACCCGGGUCCGUUUAACUUGAAGGAGCAUGUACUUAUAUGUAUAUUUGCUAAUGCUGGAAGUGCUUUUGGUAAUGGCUCGGCUUAUGCCGUCGGAAUUGUUACCAUUAUUAAGGCUUUUUAUCGUCGGAAAAUAUCGUUCUUGGCCGGUUGGUUGCUUAUCAUCACCACUCAGGUGUUGGGAUAUGGUUGGGCAGGGCUGUUGAGAAAAUACGUAGUUGAGCCUGCUCACAUGUGGUGGCCCAGUACUCUUGUCCAGGUCUCACUUUUUCGGUAA